UGGCUAGCGGAUUUGGACGACUUACCAGAAUCAAGAACCGGAAGUUUAUCUCAUCUUUCGUCUUCAUCCUCCUCAAUUUCCAAUCAAGUUCGGUUUUUAUUUAUACCCUUCUCUGUUGUCAUGGCAAACUCGCUGGCUUCUUUUGCAUGGACGCUCCCAAGGAGGAACAUGACCGCGGCAGCGGCGGCGAUUCCGCUGCCCGUCCGCACCAGGAAUUAUCCACCGUCUUUGGUUACUCCGGAAAUCUUUAUCCUCUCGAUACCAUAGAGUCUUGCGUACAAGCCGGCGAUCCUGGCCAGCCAUUGGGUUCGGUCCCGGCAGAACAGGCUAUGCAAGAGCAUUCUUCCGGUCGACAGAAUGCGGUUCAGAGAUUUGAUGUCCCUCCUGACGGGUUCCAAGAUCGGCAGCUGGGAGGAUUUCUCGACCAGGAAGCGUAUCCUCAGUGCCAUGAUACUCGCCAGCAUCUCCACUUCGAUGAUGUAAUGUCCUGCCACUGUUCCACUCCUAGGAGCCACGUUUCCUGCGCAGGCCACAAUCAUGCCGGUUUUAGUUCGGGAAUGCCUCCUGCUAGCAUGCAGAACUGGGGCCAUUCGCUUUUGAGCAAUGGCGGACCGGAAGAAUCCAGUAGCUGGCAACAAUUCAGCGAUGCAAGCGAGAUGUCAUCCCAGUGCCUGAUUGAUAAGGAGAAGCUGAUUCAGAUGCCGGAGGACUUGGACAGUAGCUUUGUUUCCAGCAAUCCAACCUGGGAAUUCUCCGAUCCUGUUGCCGGUGGUCAAAAUGGAGAGGGAGAGACUACCACUGCAAAAAAUUGGAGCAGCGAAACCGCUUCCAAAGUACAAGAUCAAAAGAAGGCUCCAGAACCAAGCUCGGGCACUCCUGGAAGGAGGGGGAGGAAGAAAGCAGAAAAUGCCACAGAGAAUGGAAGCACGAAAAGAUGCAGUUGCAGGAGAUCCAAAUGCUUGCAACUAUAUUGCGAAUGCUUUGCAGCGGAACUUUUCUGUAUCGACAGUUGUACAUGUAGACUCUGCCACAACAACCUUGACACGGAAGACUCAGUUUACACGGCAAAGGACCGGAUUAAAUCUCAUAAUCCUCUUGCAUUUGGUCCGAAGGUAGUUCGGCAUCCCAAGGAUUUGCCUCCAGAUAAAGCAGAAAGUGGUGGUCGUGUUGGUGGUAGGAGUGAGGACACCCCAUCAUUCGUGAGGCACAAACACGGAUGUAAUUGCAAGAAGUCUCAGUGCCUGAAAAAUUACUGCGAAUGCUAUCAGGGCAAAGCUGGAUGUUUCCAUGAAUGCAACUGCCAAGAUUGCUCUAACCCUUUUGGCCCGAAAUCAGCAGCAGAGCAAGGGAUUGACAGGAAGGAAAUGUCGCCUACCGGAACGCCGGAUGGUAUGCAGGGCAUGCCCAACUCCAUCCGAACAGGGAUCGGAGGUGGGUCUGCUUCGACUUUGGAAGGAACAGUCAAUAUGCUCAACAACGCUCCAUCUCCGAGUCCUUCGGCAUCUUCCAAUUAUGCCGACACAAGUGGCUGCUCAAGUGCUACUCGAGCCAAGAGAUACAAUAGCAUGAGUACUUCUUCGCUGUCCAACCCAGCGAAUGCUAGCUCGCCCUAUCAGAGACAAGCAUCAACUCCGCAGUUUCGGUCUCCUGGACGGAGUCGAAGCAUUUCCCCAAGCUCAAGACUUGCCCGCAAACCAGACUCGUGGACUCCUCCUUCCCAAGAUGGCGAGCCCGGAGGCGGUUCAAGUCAAGCGUAAAUCAGUAACCGAGGGAACCAGUAUCGAUUCAGAGGAGCACGAUCUGAGAUGAUGCUCGUUGAGCAACGAAAUCUUGACUUAGCUUUUAGUGCUUUUGCAGUUCUAGAGAUCAAGACUUUUUUCAUCACUUACGAAGAUGAUAAGCCUUUUGGUUGCUUUUUUAGGAUAUCUUGCAUUGGUCUGUAGGUUUUUUAGGAGCUUGCAUUGGUCUGCAGUCAGCUAAUUAUCUUUCUCAAUCCUAGUGCCAAUGUUUUUCAUAGGCGAAGUUAUCAAAUCAGAAUUUGAAUUUGCAGAGUUUACUUGAUCGCCCUUCGGUCUUCUCUGGGUCGCCAUGCCAUCAUGUCGAUGGUUAUCUGCUCGUAAUUUGAUGCAUGAACUUCGCAGUGUUCGUUGGAUUCCCCGAAAUGCCUUGAUACAAUCCCGGGCCUGCAUUGACACCUUGGUAUCAGCACAUGACUACAUUUAC